AUGGUGUGGCUUUCCUCUGACUUGACCCUGCUCUUCUGUGUGCGUUCUUCCCUAAAGCAACCACACAACAUCCUGCAGAAGCGCCUGCUGGAGACAAAUUUAUCCAAGUUCCGAGGCAGCCGAGGCAGCUGGGCUCCCAAGGGUGAUCUCUCAUCACAGACCAACAAGCUGAACCAAACCAAACUGGGCAGCUCGGGCAAAACUGAGGAUGAAGAGCUCAUAGUGGUGAGCUGCCAGUGUGCGGGGAAGGAGCUGAAGGCCGUGGUGGACACCGGCUCACAGCACAACCUCAUGUCAUCGGCCUGCCUGGACAGGCUAGGGUUAAAGGAGCAUCUCAAAGCACUCCCUGUGGAAGAGGAGAUGGUUUCCUUGCCAAACAAGGUGAAAGCCAUUGGGCAGAUUGAGUGUCUGUCCCUCACAGUGGGAGCCAUCCCUGUGGAGUGUGCUGCCCUCGUCGUGGAAGACAACGACCAACCCUUUUCCUUUGGGCUGCAGACACUGAAGUCUCUGAAGUGUGUCAUAAACAUGGAGAAGCACCACCUGGUUCUGGGGCAGAUGGACAGGGAAGAAAUCCCGUUUGUGGGCGCUGACAGUGCUGAGGCAGGAGAGCAGUAA